UUCCAAGGAAAAAUUUUUUUUGAGAACCUAAUUUUUCGAAUAGGUAUUAAUUUUAGGGAUCGGACUUGGAGGGUCGUACGGAGUAUUAGGGUCGUUAUUUCAAAAGAUCUAGACAACCGAAAUUUGUGUUCGAGAUCUUGUCUCUGUCCGAUUUUUAGGAAAAUCCGAGGAUAAACGAAAAAAUCUACUCUUUCAAAUACUCACCCUCGUCCUCUUUUUUUAAUUUAGAGGUGAACCUUUAAAGGUUGUUUUAAAUUUAAAGGUGAACCACCAACAACAUACCCCUCCGGUUUUCAUAACUACUUUUUCUGACCAUUCCCGACCCCAACUUCAAGAAAUUCUGUCUUCAAUCCCCAACCUCAAAUCUUUCCUAAUUUAAAUUCUCACCUUCGUCCUCUUACAUUCAAUGGGUUUAAAUUUAAAGGUGAACUCCGACCACAUACCCCUUCCUCCUGUUUUCCUAACUAUUUUUCCUGUCUAUUCCCUACCCCAACUUCAAGAAAGUCUUCAAUCCCAGCCUCAAACCUUUCCCAACUUAAAUUGGAAAUCACUUACUUUUCCGCACCCUAUCCUUUUUUUGAUACUCAGAAAAUAAAAAUUAUUUCAAAAAUUAUUUUCACAAUAUAUUUUUUUGUUAUCUAACCACAUUUCCUUUUUAUAAAAAUCCACCUGAUUUUAUUUUUUAAUAAUAUUUUUUUUAAAUAUUACUUCUCAUAUUUCAGCUUUCCCCCUUAUUUAAUUAAAAUUUAAUUUUAAAUAAUUAUUAUUUGGCAUGGCCACACGGAAAUCAAAAAUUUACUUCCUUUUUACUAUUUUUAUUUUUGUUUAGAGUUUCCUUUUAAUCCCAUCCCAAAAAAUGAAACUUGACAAGCCUAGAUGUAUUUUUGUUUAAAUAAAUCUUUUUUAAAACAUUAUUUUUAUAUUAAAAUUGAGAGUGAGAUUUUUUAAUUUUUUAAAUUAGACAAAUGCCAAAAUAAAGCUUUGAUUAAAUAAUUAUUUGAAUUUUGAAAAAAUUGGGGGGUUUUUUAAAAUUUCAAACAAAAUUCAAAUUUGCUAGGGCGCUAAAGUGUUGUGCAUUAUGUACAGGAAUGGAACGGGUUGAGAAAAAAUGUCUGGUUGGGUAUUGAAUCGGGGUUUUCAAAAUUGCUUCGGAUAAGGGUUUAGUUGGGGUCUGUUUUUUGUCUUUCAAAAUUUUUAAAAAAGUCGGGGUUUACAAAAUUUUCGUCGGAUCACGGUUCGGGUUAAAGUCGGAAAAAGUCCGGGGGCUUUGGGUAACGGUUGGGUUUCGAGUCGUAGUUUCAAAAUUUUCGUCGGAUAGGAGGUUGGUUCGGAUCGUUUUUUGUCUUUUAAAAUUUUCGUCGGAUGCGUUCCGGUUUGAAGUCGAAAAAAGUUGGGGGCUUCGGGUAACGGUAACACGUCCCUCUCCGGUAUCUGCACACAUAGGUAUGUGCUGUUGGACACAUAAAUUAGAUCUCCUUCUUUAU